ACAAAACUGUAUUAACUUUAAAUAUUAAGAAGAAAAGUGGAGAAGCGUAGGAGAGAGGACUCUAUUUCAAGGUUAGCAGAAGAUCAGUUAAACUGGCUCGGACUUGCUAUUGAGAGGUGAUGAUGCAGAGAACUUGUCCGAGAGUUACUCGGAUUUUGUUCAACACAGGCAGCAUUAGAGGUAAUACGUUUUCUUCUUCAUCUUCUAGUUUUUCAGUCAUUGCACAAACUCAUACUCAAAGCGCAACCAUUGAUGAAGUCCGUAGUGUUGAAGAUGCUCUCAACUUGUUUGAUAGAAUGCUCCACUUGCAACCUCAGCCUUCUGUUGUGCGUUUCAAUCAAUUGUUUGGUAAAAUUGUAAAGUUGAAACACCAUUCCCUUGUGAUUACUUUGUACAACCAAAUGUUCUCGGUAGGAAUCGUGCCAGAUGAGUAUGCCCUAGGCAUUUUGAUUAAUUGCUUUUCUCAUUUAAAGCGUACCCGUUUCGGUAUUUCUGUCUUGGGAGAUUUCAUCAAGUUUGGAUUUGCAUUCAACACCAUUACUCUGAAUACUCUAAUUAAGGGGUUUGUGGAUGAGGGGAAAAUAGAUGAAGCACAAGAAUGGUUUCACAUUAUGUUAGCAGAAGAAGGUUGUAAGCCCGAUUUAAUUACUUAUAACACAUUACUAAAUGGUUUUUGCAAGGUGGAGAAAAUUGACGAGGCAAGGGAAUACUUACAUCGUAUGAUUGGAGAAGGUCCUAAGCCCGACAUAAUUAUUUAUAACACACUACUAAAUGGUUUUUGCAAGGUGGGCAAAAUGGACGAGGCUAAAGAAUUCUUUCAUGGUAUGAUUGCAGAAGGUUUUAAGCCUAAUAUAGUCACUUAUAGCACAUUAAUACAUGGUUUUUGUAAGGUGGGGAAAGUUGACAAGGCAAAAGAAUACUUUCCCAUUAUGAUUGCAGAAGGUUUCAAGCCCGAUAGAAUUGUCUAUAACACAUUAAUAAAUGGUUUUUGUAAGAUGGGGAAAGUUGACGAGGCAAAAGAAUACUUUUACAUUAUGAUUGCAGAAGGUUUUGAGCCUGAUAUUAUUACUUAUAACACAUUACUAAAUGCUUUUUGUAAGGUGGGCAACACUGCUGCAGCUAUGCAAUUGCUGAGGAACAUGGAGAGAAAUUUAUGCAAGCUUAACAUAAUUUCUUAUAACACGCUUAUUGACGGUCUCUGCAAGGAUGGCUUAGUUGUUGAUGCAUUGGAUCUCUUCUCAGAAAUGACUAAGAAAGGAUUUGUUCCAGAUGUCAUUACUUACAACAGCUUGAUACAUGGAGCAUGCUUGUUAGGCCAACGGCAAGAGGCAACGAGGCUAUUUAAUCAAAUGGUUGAUAAAAAGAUUACACCUGAUCUACAUACUUUCAAUGUUUUGGUUGAUAUGCUUGGCAAAGAGGGUGACGUUGUAGAGGCACAAAGAGUGAUUAAUAUUAUGGUACAGAGAGGCAUCAAGCCUGAUAUGGUCACAUAUUGUUCAGUCAUGGAUGGUUAUUGUUUGCGAGGAGAAAUUGAUCAGGCAACUAAAGUGUUUCAUUUGGUUAAGAAGAAUUUCGACAUUAACUUGCAUAGUUAUAAUAUAUUAAUCAAUGGAUACUGUAAGAACAAGAGGAUAGAAGAAGCUCUUGCAUUGUUUAAAGAAAUGUCUUCAUCAAAGGGAUUAAUUCCUGAUAUUGUUACUUACAACACUCUCAUUGGUGGUUUGUGUACUGUAGGGAGAACUCAUGCUGCUCAAGAGCUGCUUGUAGAGAUGCAAGCUGACUGUCAACGUCCAAAUAUUCAAACUUUUGCCAUCUUACUUGAUGGGCUAUGCAAAUAUAGACAAAUGGAGGAUGCACUGAAAGUAUUUCAGGAUAUGGAAGAGAAGAAGUUACCACUCAAUAUUGUUAUCUACAGUAUCCUCAUUGGAGGUAUGUGUAAGGCUGGAAAUUUUGCAGCUGCAAAGGAUCUAUUCCGCAAACUAUCAUCGAAAGGCUUGCAAGCUGAUGUUAAGGCUUACACAAUAAUGAUCAAUGGACUUCUUAGUGAAGGACUUGUAGGCGAAGCCAUAAAUUUGUUUAGAGAAAUGGAAGAAAAUGGAUGCCCCCCAGAUAGUGGUACAUACAAUAUUAUGAUCCGAGGACUUGUCAACAGUUGUGAAAUACCAAGGGGAGUAGAGUUCAAGAAUGAAAUGGUGGGAAGGGGUUUUUCUGCAGAUGCUUCAACUGCAGAGCUAUUUAUUAAAAUGAUAUGUAAUGGUCAAAUCGAUUCUUCUUUGCAACCAGUGAUCCAAAAGGAUUUAUGAGUUAUUAUUGGUCUUCUGAAGAUGUAUUUGUUGUCAAAUGAAAGUUUAAUUAAUGUUUUCAAUGACAUUCAUAUGUAUGUUCUUUCUAACAAUCCGAUUUUGAUAAAUGGUUGACUUUAAAAUGAA